AUGGAUGAUCAAAGAUGUACAUUAGAGGAGAAUCAGAGCACAGAGACGGAAACCACGCCAACACCUGUGCCAGCACUGGAUGACCGGAUAUCUGCCUCUUCGCUCAUGGCAUCUCCUCAGACAGAAGAAUUCUUUGACCUGAUUGCCAGCUCCCAGAGCAGGCGGCUGGAUGACCAGCGAGCGAGCGUAGGAAAUUUGCCUGGUCUACGACUAACGCACAAUAACAUGGGUCAUAUAAAGGUGGAAGGUGACCAGCAAGAGCCAGGUGAUGAGUUCUUCAAUAUGCUGAUGAAAUGUCAGUCUUCGCGAAUAGAUGACCAAAGAUGUGCACCUCCAGAUACCAUGCCCCGAGGACCAACCAUGCCCGAUGAAGACUUUUUCAGCCUAAUCCAGAGAGUCCAGGCCAAGAGGAUGGACGAACAAAGGGUGGAUCUCCCCUCCAACCAGGAAGAUGGAGAAAAUCAUGAUAACCAGAGGAGGCCGAGCUAA